AUGGUUUACGGAUGUCAGGAGCCUUCGAAAGCGUCCACAGGUUGUCCAACGGCUUUCCGUUUUGUGGCAAGGCACGGUCAACGCUCGGCAAACUGCCGGACUUACAGGUUGUACAAUGUACAUGGGGCAUUGGAAUCCGCGGGAGACAAAAAAAGAAACGCCCGCAUCGCCUGCGCUUUUGCGCAUCUCGACUACCGAAGAAACGUCUGGCAAAAAACUGGCAAAAAGAAAAUAGACAGCGAAGUUGCUACAAAAACAUCAAGCGUCAGCGCAAAUUAUUAUAGCGUAAUAAGAAAAUGGACGACCUACUUCGAUUUAAACUUCGGUCAGCUCGGUCAUCCAGAAAAUCAGCUAGUGGAUCAUGUUAUGAAGGAGAAGGAUGAGGUGGCAAACGAGUACACGUGCUCGAGGCUCAAACGAGAGUCGCGUUAA